UGAGGGGGAGAGAGAGGACCCACCGACGAGCUGCCACGGACCCCGACAGACACUGACAGACAAAGGGAAGGAGGGUGAGGACUCCAGGAAGCCACCAAACAGAUCGUCACGGCAGCCAACCAGCAAGCAACCGACAGCAACGGGAGACACGAGGACAGACAGCCACAGACAGACAGACAGAGAAUGAGACACUCCAACAGAUAGAAGGACAAGGAGCGGAAGGGGAACUGAAGUGAGAAACACCCCAAGGAUUGAGGAGCCUCGUCCAGAGGACCAACUCCAUCACGUACUGGAUUAUCCUCCCAUCGAGUCCCAACGAGCGUCCCAUCUCCUGAGGACCAGUCCCAUCUCCUGAGGACCACGAUGACCCGAGGACCUUCCUGGACCAAACUGUCCCUCUGUUUGAUUGUGUUACAAUCGCAAUUCCUCUGUUAUCUUGGAUUCUGUCCACCCCAAUGUGUGUGUGAGACAAGGCCCUGGUUUACGCCACAGUCGGUCUACCACGAGGCCAAGACAGUUGACUGCAAUGAUCUCCUCCUCACUCAUAUUCCAGAAAACCUUUCCAUUGACACCCAAGUCUUACUGCUUCAAAGUAAUAAGAUCUCGCGCUUAGGGUGGGAGCUCCAGGAACUGACUAACCUGACUGAGCUGGAUCUGUCACAGAAUCACUUUCAAAGCAUCGAAGACCUGAGCGUGUCCAACCUUUCUCAUCUUAUUACGCUUUAUUUGGAGGAGAAUCAACUGACUGAGCUUCCGGACUACUGCUUGAAGGAUCUGGAAAACCUUGAGGAACUAUACAUUAACCAUAAUCAAAUCAGUUUUAUUGGUCCUCGUGCCUUCUCUGGCUUGGGAAAACUUUUAAGACUUCAUCUAAAUGCCAAUCGUCUAAGUGUGAUAGUUCGAAGGUGGUUCGAAGAUCUACCAAACCUGGAGAUACUGAUGGUAGGGGAAAAUCCGGUGACAUCACUUCAAAACUUGAACUUUCAACCGCUGGGGAGACUACAUAGUCUGGUUUUGGCUGGAAUGGAGCUGGAACACAUUCCAGAGAACGCGUUUUUUGGACUGGAUUAUCUGGAGAGUCUGUCAUUCUUUGAUAAUCGAUUAACAGAAGUUCCCAAGGAAGCUCUAAAAAAUCUAAACUUGUUGAAGUUCUUGGACCUCAACAAAAAUCUCAUUAGAAGGAUUGGAAAUGGUGACUUCAAGAACAUGCUGCACCUGGAGGAACUAAGCCUCAAUUCAAUGGAGGAAUUGGAACGUGUGGAUUCCGGCUCCUUCCAGAACCUACCUGAGCUCAUAAAGCUAGAAAUCUGCAAUAAUCCCAGAUUAACACACCUGGACCCUGAGGCAUUUGGUCCAAAUGUGGGCUCCCUGAAGACUUUACUUCUCAAUAAUAAUCGACUCGCCAUGGUGCCUCUAAAAGUAUUUCAGUCGCUCCCAGGGCUCGCUGAGAUUAGUUUAUAUAGCAACCCUCUCCGCUGUGAUUGCCAAAAUAACUGGAAAGCUCUUUCCUCCCUAAGACUGGUGGAAGCGCAGGCCACCCUGUGUACAAGCCCACCGUUGGUCAGUGGACACCUGUUCCUGGAAAUCCAGGGCCAAGCGUGGUUAAGCAGAUGCCCACCCUUAAUAGAUGCACACUCGUUUCCUUCUCAGCUUUACCUCUCCAAGCACCAAGUUGUAACCCUCACUUGCCAUGCUAGUGGCCAUCCACAGCCAGAGAUUUACUGGGUGACCCCACAUGGAGAAAGAAUAUCUGGGGCCACUGGUAGAGUCAGAAUCCAUCCAGAAGGAUCAUUGCAGAUCAUGGAUGCUAUAGAAGAAGACUCUGGGUCCUAUAUGUGCCAGAUAUGGAACUCAGAUGGAACUGACAGCAAGAGCGUGGUGGUCUACAUUAACGGCACUCAGGAGCAGGAGCCGAUGACCCUUCUGAUGGUCUCAAAGAAGGUGCAUUCGAGUUUUGUGGUGGUGGAGUGGAAAAUGCUGAGUGGGUCAGGAAUGGCACCAAGUGUCCUUGCCCCAGUUCAGUGGUCCUCAGCAACAAUGAGAAUACACAACCCACAUAUCAGUUACACGGCCAAGGUCCCCCUGGAGAUACAAGAAUAUAAUCUAACACACCUUCAGCCGGCCACCAAGUAUGAGGUGUGCCUCACUGUUUCUUCUGUAUCCCGGCCAAGCCAACAGUCGUGCCUCAAUGUCACCACUAAAGAUGCUUCUUUUUCUAUGGAGGUGGUGGGCAAGCCAGUGAGCAUCGCCCUCUCUGCUGCCCUCGCUUCCCUAGUUGCAGGAUUAUGCAUGGCCGCAAUUAUCGUAUAUGUGGGACACCACCUCCGGCACAAAAGCUGUGGACACUCGCUUAAGAAGUACAUGCAAAGGGCCUCCUUCAUUCCACUCAAUGAGUUUUACCCUCCGCUCAUCAGCCUUUGGGACGGAGAGGUGGAAAAAGAAAGAGAGAGCAGCUUGGAGCAGCCAAAUUUGGUUCCACCUGAAGAUGACAAGACGUUCCCUGCUGCAGCCCAAAUCGACACCUCAAAGACUUACAUGUGGCAGCCUUGAACCCGUGUAGGACUGAGUACAGGAUCAUCAUCACAAAGUAAAACUUUGAGGUGUUGUAAACUCCGUGUGUAGGCACAAUGUGGAAGUCUUAGAAGUGUUUUGUGAAAAAUGGGGUGAUUUUAGCACAAUUUUACCCCAGUGGGUGUGGAAGGCACCGGAAGCUCGGAGACAGUCAAAGAACUAUUUGUUGACUUUACCAUGACUUUCCAGUUCGAGUUCCUUCUAAAAACACAAACUGUUCGUGUUUAGGCUAAAAAAAAAGCUAAUUGGCCGGGGAACUGGAUGGGGCAAGAGGGGCAAAAUCUUCAGUGCCCGGGAAGUAUCUAAGACCUUGCAGAGAGAUUUAAUGAAGUCCAGAUGCAGCGACCGAACCUCGAUCAGCGGGGUCCAGACCAGCAUCCAACCUCAUCACACAGAUAACAAAGUAACACGGACAUGUCACAUGCGUGUUAUCUUCACAUGCACCACACACGCACACCUUCACAAGCACACGAAGCCGCAGAGCAAUGGUUACGCUGUAAGUGGGUGUUUGUACCUGGAGAGCAGACAGGUUGCUCGAUAAUUGCGUAUGACUUCUUUGUGUAUCUGAGGAGACUCGGGCGGGCGGCGUGUAGUUACAUUUAUCUCUUAGAUGUCGGAGAUGCCUGUUUGUUCCAAUAAUUAGUAUUUCUACGUGUUCUAAGUGUUAUCGGGGUGAAAGAACAAAACGUUUUAUAGCAGUUACAGAAAUGGACGACGGAUGUGAAGGAUCAGUAUCCUCUUUUCUCGAAUAAACCUUGUAUUAAAGCUGA